UGAUAUGUACAUAUAUAUGUAUUUCUCCUAUAGUUUUAUGUAUAGUAAGAAAAGUGAAGAUACCAACAUAUGUACAUAUGUAAUGUGUACACCAGUGCAUAUUUACCACUGGAAAUCAUGCUCAAAUUAUAAACCACUUGUCUGCACAAUUGAUCAAUAUAUACAUAACUAUGUACGUCGUAUAGUUUAUUUCGUUGUUCAGAAGUAUUUACCGGCAACAAACUUAGAAAUUUUGAAAUACGUACUUAUUACGCUGUGAUGAUUUCUGUGUACCCUUUGUUCCUAGUAAUAUUUUUAAGUGGCCGUCUACAACUUAGUCUACAUCACCUAGUAAGUAAAUUGAAGGUGCGGAUCUUAAUGAGGAACAAACGUUGAAUUUGAAAGACCUUAUGGAACGCUUAGCCGCCCAGUUAUCAAACAUUCCUACGAAAGAUGACUUUGCUGCAAAGAUUGAAGCUAUGGAAAUGAGAUUAGAUAAGAAAUUGGAAAGCCUGCAACGUGAUCUGGAAGCACUCGUCAAGUCCGACACUGUGAAGGGCAAAGUUAUCAGGGAAGAAACUGCUUAUCGAAGAAAUCGGAGGUCCAUGCACUUACCAGAAUACGCGGCUUCGGAUUACCGAUUGGGAAUAUUAGCGUCAGAAGUACAAAAGUCUUCUUUCAACGAGUCCUGUAGAUUUGUGGAGCAACUUCUAACCCUUCAGGAAGACGAGAUCGCCUCUUUGAAAGAGAUAAAAAGCACCAGUUUUAACGUGUCUCAGGGCCUCGGCAACGUAUUGAAGGAGUUCGAGAGUUUGAAGCAUUACAUGAACAAUUCUUACCCAUCGUCGAACAGAAAAUCAGUGCCUUGCAUGGAUGAUUCCGACCUUUCAAACGCAAAAUUUCUCCAUAAAAAGCUCGUCUGUGACGAAGAGUGGAUACUAAUUCAGCAAAGAGGUACUCCAAUCCUGAAAGGAAAGGGAAGAACCGAUUUCGAGAAAAAUUGGAAUGAAUAUGAAAAUGGGUUUGGCAACCUGGACGGAGAUUUCUGGCUCGGGUUAAAAACCAUCCAUGAGCUCACUGUUGAAGGAAAUACACAGUUACGAGUUGACCUCGAGGACUGGGAGGGGAACAAAAAGUAUGCUAUGUUUGACACCUUCAGAGUCGCUAAUGUCCGGACUAAGUAUAACUUAACCGUAGACGGAUAUACUGGGACAGCGGGCAAUUCAUUAAUUCGCAGCAACGGACAACAGUUCAGUACAUACGAUAAGGACAAUGAUGGCUGGAUAAAAAAUUGUGCAGCUGACCGUCGAGGCGGAUGGUGGUACGGUUUCUGUUCAGAUGCCAAUCUGAACUCAAUAUAUCAUAAUUCAGGCGAGAUGGAAAAGGCUGCGGUAGGAGUGCACUGGAACGACUGGAGAGGAACAAAAUAUUCCUUAAAAAAGGUGCAAAUGAAGAUUCGCAAACCGCCCAGAGGAUGAAAAUAGCUCGGCUCCAAUCCAAUUCAUAGCCCAACUGGAUUGGCAACACAUUUAACUCCCAGGUAUUUAUGUAAUAGCAACAAAUUUCGCGGUCGUUAUUUUCCUUUGGAUUGAUGUAUAUAUGUAUGCAGCAGGGGUGGGCAAGAUACUUGGUCAAGAUAAAAGAUACAAGAUACAAGAUAGUAUCUUUAUCUUGUAUCUUGGCCGCCUGAUCAGAGAAGUAUCUUGUAUCUUGUAUCUUUUAGAAAGUCGAAUAGUAUCUUGUAUAAGUAUCUUAUCUAGAUAUGCCUGGCAGAAAAGUAUCUUAAGAUAGUUUUGUCAAGAUACAAGAUACUUUUUCUAAAAAUUCCGUAAAAUUCUUAAGUCAAAGUCAAUUUCGUACUACUGGCAGUCAAUUUGACCAUGAAUUUGUCGUAACCAGAAUUUGGUGAAUUUUUAGUUUAUGUUUUGCCAAUGUGUAAAAAACUUCUACAUGCAUAUGUACGUAUAUUCAUAUAUAUAUGUAUAUGUAUAUAUGUUCAUGUGUACUCGUACAUUUGUAUACAUACAUGCACAUUACAUGAUAUGUACCUACGCUGAACUAGUGUAUAUAUCUUAUAGGGUUUAGAUAAGCAGGGAAUAUUGUAAAAAUAAUAUCAACUUCUUAAAAAUAUGUAUGUUAGGUAGAGUUCUAGUUUUUCGAAAUUUUUCGAAGUAUGUAUAAGCGCUGGCUACAAAAUUUGUAAGAUGAUUAUAGAAUGAUUUUAAAUUCUGUACUCACUAGAUUUUUUCGUUUAAAUUAUUAAACAUGACCAAUUGGGCAUGAAUACCAAGGUAAAAAAAGAAAGUAUCUUAUCUAGUAUAAAAGUAUCUUAAGAUACAUAUCUUGUAUCUUGUAUCUUGACUACUCAAUCUUUAGGAAAGUAUCUUGUAUCUUGUAUCUUG